GCUGCGGGCCAAUGGAGUGGCGAGCCGGGGCUCGCCCGCGGCGCUGGAGGCGGCAGGUUGCGGCGGCGCCGGGCUCCGGGAAGCAGCCAGUUCGAGUCUGGGUCCCGGAGGCCAGCGAGCGCCCAGGACAGGGAUGCUGUCUGGGCUAGCAGCGAUGGAGCUGAAGGUGUGGGUGGAUGGCAUACAGCGCGUGGUCUGUGGGGUCUCAGAGCAAACCACCUGUCAGGAAGUAGUCUUCGCACUAGCCCAAGCAAUAGGCCAGACGGGCCGCUUUGUGCUCGUGCAGCGUCUCAGGGAAAAGGAACGGCAGCUGCUGCCCCAAGAGUGUCCAGUGGGUGCCCAGGCCACCUGUGGACAGUUUGCCAGUGAUGUCCAGUUUGUCCUGAGGCGGACAGGGCCCAGCCUUGCUGGGAGGCCCUCCUCAGACAGCUGCCCACCUCCUGAGCGCUGCCCAGUCCGUGCCAGCCUCCCCCCGAAGCCACGGCCAGCCCUGGGCCACGAGCAGCGCAAAGCAUGGACCUUCAGCCUGGGGUGCCCCGGACUGGCCCCCAGCCCUGCACCACCUGACCCUGUGGCCCCCGUAGCACCAGUCCCAGGCUCCAGUGUAGACCUGCAGGGCCUGGAGCGCAGGGUGCGGAGGAACGCCGCAGAGCUGGGUCAGGAGGCCUUCUGGGAGCAGGAGCUGCGGCGGGAGCAGGCUCGGGAGCGGGAGGGGCAGGCGCGCCUGCAGGCCCUGAGCGCAGCCACCGCGGAGCACGCUGCCCGGCUACAGGCCCUGGAUGCCCAGGCCCGUGCCCUGGAGGUGGAGCUCCAUCUGGCCUCAGAGGCCCCCGGACCCCCCUCGCCCACAGCGUCUGCAGCGGAACGCCUGCGCAAGGACCUGGCUGCCCAGGAGCGGCAGAGCGCAGAAGUGCAGGGCAGCCUGGCCCUGGUGAGCAGGGCCCUGCAGGCGGCCGAGCACGCCCUACAGGCCCAAGCCCAGGAACUUGAGGAGCUGAACCGGGAGCUGCGCCAGUGCAACCUGCAGGAGUUCAUCCAGCAGACGGGGGCUGCACUGCCACCAGCCCCGCGGCCAGACAGGGGCCCUCUCAGCACACAGGGUCUUCUGCCUCUGGCCAGAGAAGAGCCCCUCAAGAACCCCUCGGAAUCCUGCUCUAGUGUCCAGCCUGAGCCCAGAAAUUGCCCCAAUGAGGCAGAACUCCUGGAGGUAGCAGCUCUCGCCCCAAAGUGGACGUCCACUGCCAGCCUGGCCCCAGGCUCCCACGACAUGACGAGCAAGGGCAGCCAAGGCCAGCCUGACCUGGAAGACAGGAGAGCUGGUGGUCACAGAGGAGUCAUUCUCCCCUACAGUGGGAAGCCUUGGUGCCCUGGGCCUGAGACAGAGCACCUCAGGGCCCCGGGCUUUCCGCCGUGUGGGGGUGGAGGGAGUCUGCUGAGACCCCUGGACAGGCAGGAGGCAUGACCGGCUCAGAAUGUGCUACACCCCGAGGGUCACGGCUCCUUGUGGGGGAUGGGAGACGUGUGGACACUGCUCAGCUGUGGGUGUGUGCUUGUGUGUGGGAGGUAGCCUUCCUCGAGCCUGCGUACACACAUGGGCAUGCCGCCUCCCUACCCCAACCCUAAAACCUCAAUAAACUGCCCAGAAUGGCUUCAGUGCGUCCUGAAGCUGUACCGGA